AUGCGGGCCAAGGGAACAGGCAUACCUCUCAAUAAAACUAUUCGUCCUGGAGAAGUGGUUCCUCGAGAACCAGAUAAGGACGAAAGAUUAAUCAGGGCUGAAAAAAAGCGCGAUAACUGGAGGAUGAAACACAAUGAAUUUAUUAAAACAAUUCGAUCAGCCAAAGCAUAUCAAAGCGCGGUUUCCAAAGGAGGCAAAGCGCCCUUACCACCUCCACCAGCAUCUACUAUUGAUCCUGAUCUUGUUAAAUGUCCUUACUGCAACAGAAGAUUCAAUGAGACUGCUGCUGACCGUCAUAUCCCCUUUUGUAAAGAAAAAUCCGAACGUGAUAGAUUUAAACUUCAAUCUAAUAAAACUCAAAAAAAGGUAUGCAGUCAUUUGACUACCUAUUUAUUUAGAAUUUCAAUAAAUUGGCUUCCCGGUCACAUCUCAACCACCAAACCAGUUGAGCAAAGGAAACCCAUCCAAAAAGACAACAGUUCCUCCCCAAAUGUAUCAAAAUCUCCUAUUUCACCGAAUCAGAAAAACUCCAAAUCUCUAAUGACUCCAAAUAAGCCCAAAGACGUUACGCUAUCUCAUACAACACGGAGUCUUGAUUCCACUGCUACACCGAUAAAAUCGUCGAAAGGACCCAAUAGUAGGUCAUCCUCUCUACAAAAACCUGGUCCGAAGCUUACCAGAAGUUCAGAUCUGGACACCAAGUCCCGAAGCAGGUACAGUGAAUUCAAUAAAGAUCAUCCGUUGACUAAAUCUUGUGUGAAUUGUCUUGCCUCUGAAAUGGAAGACAUAUGCAUCAAUACUCUUGAAGUAGACGAAUCAUUAAGUUCCGCAGUUUUGAUAAAAUCAAAGCCUGACAGUGGAGAUAAUGAAAUAUUUUCAAUUUGUCAUCCAGUACCUAAUUUUGAAAGCAAUUUUCAGAUACCCAAAGAUUAUUUAACUGUUUCGCCCUUUAAAAAUUCUUCAAAUAAUACUAAAUAUUGUUCAACUGUCCACAAAAUGUCCCCUGCUAUCGAAAAUGAAGAAAUAUUUCAAGACGAACAACAUUGUCACAAAACAUUGGAAGAUCAAGCAAAUUUAUCGUUCCAAAAUGAAUCACCUUUACAAACAAGAACCAUUAGUAAAAAUUCAUCAUUUUUGUCCAAAUGCAUAGAGUCUCUAAAACAGACAUCUCUAUUGUCAAAUUAUGGUAAAAGCAAAUCGAAAUUGGAAAAUAACCUCAUGGAUCAUAUUGCUUCCCAAGAUCAAAUUGGUUGCGAUCGAGUUGAUUACAUUGGCAAUAGUGAGGAAAUUUUAGGAAUUUUUUCAAAAUUUGGAAAAUUGGAUCGUCGACGAAUGGCUGCCCAACAAAGCGGAAUUCUAGUGAGAGCAGUAAACGUUUCUGCUAGACGGGACCCCUUAGCUGGCCUACAAGCAUCAAAGCCCCUGCCUUCAAGUAAGGUAUUGCACUGCCACGAGUGUGGAGCAAAAUAUCCUACUACAAGUGUUCGAUUUUGUCCUGAAUGCGGUGUCAAGAAAAUUGCAAUUUAA